AUGAGCGGUAAAUCAGCAAAAACUGAGAAAGAAGGGAAAGUAACACAAAAAACUCUUGAGACUGCACUAGAUGAAUCGUUAACUCAGCUUAGUGAGUAUAUUCAAGCUGAACCAAAUGAAUACCAAACAGUAUUGCUUUCCUUGUGUGCUGCAUUAGACUCAAAGAAAUAUAUUAAACCAGCUUCAAAAAAAGACCAGGCUAUAGUGACUAAUGAACUCCUUAAACGCAAUUUAAUUGAAUCUGGAAAAGUUAUGGAACUCAGAAGUUGUGCUAAGAAGAUUGCUUCUGAUAACAACAUUCCACUUCCAUCUGCGAUUAAAGUGCAUGAUGCUUUGAUUGCAUGGUUUAAAGUUAAAAUGCCUUUAAUUGAACAAAAAUAUCCAAUUUCUAGAACCUAA